UUAAUCUAGCUAAAAGAAGAACUCUCGACUGAAAGAGCGAUUAUAUUUGUAGGGGCAGAGGGCCAGGUUACCGCCGGGGAAUCUGUAGUGGCAUUUCAAGGAAUUAUUGCUCAGCUCAGAGGGAGAAAUUCAUUGAGAUAUCAGUUGAAUGCUGAUUUAUUGAAGGUAUUAAUCCAUUGACAGCACCACGAAAAUGAAUGUUGUAGCAUCACCAUUGCAAUUGCCAUAUUGCUGCUGUACAAAAUCCCUAAGCAGGAAUCGGAACUGGAACCCAAAAUCUGUGGCCUCAGCUUCUGGCGCUACUUCUCUUGUAAUUGAUGAUACUACCCAAGGGCAAACUUCGACUUCAAUGGAAACCCCAACGACACAGUCAGUUACAGCACGUCGACUCAUAUUGCUUCGACACGCUAAGAGUUCUUGGGACAAUCGCUCCAUUCGGGAUCAUGAUCGUCCUUUGAGUAGAGCUGGACAACUAGAUGCGAUCAAGGUCUCGCAAAAGCUCCUAGAAUUGGGCUGGAUUCCAAAACUUAUUUUAUCAAGUGAUGCACUGAGAACUCGGGAAACACUGAAAAUAAUGCAGGAGCAAGUCCAAGCCUUCUUGGAAGCUGAAGUACAUUUUAUUUCAAGCUUUUAUUCUGUUGCAGCAAUGGAUGGGCAGACCGCUGAGCACCUACGACAAGCAAUUUGUAAAUACUCGAGGGAUGAGAUCUUUACAGUCAUGUGCAUGGGUCAUAAUAGAGGAUGGGAGGAAGCAGCCUCAAUGUUUUCAGGUGUUACUGUGGAACUAAAGACUUGUAAUGCUGCUUUGCUUGAAGCCACUGGGAAGUCGUGGGAAGAGGCAUUUUCUCUGGCUGGACCUGGUGGGUGGAAACUUCAAGGGCUUGUGAAGCCAGACAUUGCUGUUUAGAGUUAUCUCAGUUUAAGAAAAAUAAUCAGACAUUUGAGAACCAGCAGCCAUGAAAUUGCAGGAUAGAAGCAGAGUGAAUUAAAAUCUGUCAAUUGUUCGUUGCGAUCUGUAUUCAGGUAUCUUACUAACACCACCGCCCAGGCCUUGCACGCUCAAGGGAUAAGAUCAAUAUCUCCUAAACUUCCCUUGGUGCUUCACUUACGUUCGACACUGUCAUUAAGAUGUAUAUUGUCUUUGUACUAAAAGGUUGAUUUUCACUCAAAAGGUAGAGGCUAUGCCAACAAUCUCAUGUGUAGCACAACUUUGUUGGAUAAUUCAAGCCUGCUUGUCUUGCUAGACUUA